CAAAAUGGAAGAAAAUGGGAUAAACAACAGUCGAGUGAUGUUGCUCUCCGUUGUUCUAUAAAGAACAACUGAAGAUUGAGAGAACAACAAGGCAAGGAGUUUGGGUACGACGCUAAGGGAUGUCUUAAUUUGGGAAGAUGAAUGAACUACAGGCAACACUUGAAUUUUCGGUUGAGCUCAACAAAUUCUACAAUGUGGAUUUAUUCCAGAGAGGGUAUUAUCAGAUAAGAGUAUCUUUGAAGACUCCACCCAAAUCUCCAGCUAAGAUUGAAGUUAGCUUGCCCAAGAACUCAGAGACACCGUACAUUGUCCCAGCUUGUAUCCUUCAUGGAGUGGCAGCCAGUAAGACAUUCCAGAUCCUGUAUCGCAAUGAAGAAAUCAGCAUCAAUGACACCGUUCUCUACAGACUACAUACACUGGCUGAGAGUGACAAGGUGGAAGAGACACUUGAAAAGAUGGAAUUUCAGCUAGGGAUAGAAUUAUGGUUUGGUGAUGAAGAACAUGGUCCACAGGUACAGGAGAAGUUGGAGUGUGUGAGCCAGAGGGUGCUACUGCUUCAUUUCAGUCCCACCAAAGGCCUGCAUCAUCACGUUCCUGUCAUGUUUGACUAUUUCCAUCUGUGCUGCACGGAGGUCACUGUGCAUGCCACCCUCAUUGCCCUCCAUCAGCCAUACAUCAGUAUGCCCAAUAGACGACCGAGCUCUGGAUGGGCUGGCCGAGGUCAAGAUCAGUCCACACUAGAGAAUAUCUACUUUGGCAACAGACCACUCUCAGGGACAGCCUCAAAGUUUUUCCUCAAAUCUCGACUACAGGAUGCAUGUCAGGUCCACAGGAAAAUCUGCAAGAUUCUCCUUUCUGCAUAUGAAAGUCUACAGUCCAACUUUGAGCUAUAUUUGAGCAAGAUGUCCCCUCCACCAAAUGUUAAACUUGAGCAUGUUGACUGUCACAAGAGACUGGAAUUGAUUCUUGAGGUGUUGCAGGGCUCUCAGGAAGAAGAGGACCUGAUUCAGACUGCAACUACUGAUGUAACCCAGCUGUGUGCAGAGAAUGUGAUUCUGUGGACCCAGUUCCUGGACGCUGUCACUCUCCAGGAGAAAGUCUUGGGGCACCUCUCUCAGGAGCACCAUAAUCUCAGGGUGAAAAGGCUUGCUGAAGCCUUUUUUACAUUUGAAUAUCCAAAGCAAGAAUCUAUAGCCUGUUAUGAGCCUAGUAUUCAUGGUCACAGUGACAUUGCCACGGUUGUGAGGAAUUCCCCCUAUUUCCAGAACAUUGCCCCUCUUCCUGUUGAGUCUCCAGAGGUGGACGGAGACGCCAAUUCCCUCCCUAUCAUUUUUGAAGACAUUUACACAGAUCAUUUUGAUAGCCCAGAACCCUUGACUGCUAGAAAGAAGAAAGCCCAAAAGGAGAACAGCUCAGAAACAGGGAGCUUUUUGACUCCAAAGAUAUCUAGAUCUGAUUCAUCGUCUAGUCACAGUGGAGACUCACCCAAUUUACGCUCCAAGGGAAAGAAAAAGUUUAUAAAAAAUAUCAAACCUGAGGCUUUCAAGCGGCCAUCGUCAACCUACAACAUCAAUGCAGCUGAAAUGGGUCCUGCAGCACGCAAAGACGUUGUUCUUGUUGGUUAUCGGAAGGUACCCCCAGCAGAGUCAGUUCCACGAGUGGAGCCUGUGGAACUGGGCACCUUCAGUCCUAACAUGGCCUCCAUCCUGGACGAGCUGGACUUGUCUGGGGCGGGGCUGGCAAGUAGUUCCUCCAUGCCCUCGCUCUUGGUCCGAUCCUGCUGGAGCCGAGCCAGCAGCAACUCCAUGCCUGAAAUAGAUCCAGAAAGUAGUCCCAACAUGGCAAACAUGGGCUCUAAGGCCGAUAGUCCCACGAGGUCGAAUUCUUCACCUAGAGAAAGCUCAGGGUCCAAGGUAGUGUUACGCCGACAGCAAGAGGCUGCUGUGAAGUCUUCUGAUGGUGUUACUAAAGUAGGUAACCCGGAUUACAGGCAUACCAUGUACGAGCCUAUAACACAGAACUUGUACUCUCAACACUUCAAGGAGACUUCGGCAACUGGGAGCGGCUCAGCUCCCUGUACCCCUGAGCUUCCGCGCACAUCCAAGGAUGAUAACUCUGUCCUGUCCAGUGUGGAUUCUGGGGAAACCUCAGACAAUGUCAGUCAGGAUCUAUCAGCUAUGCAUAUAGGCAAGAAAGAUUAUGAUAAUUUAGCUAAGGGCAUAACACAAGCUUUAGGGGAGGAGGAAGUGGUAGAGGAGGCAAAGUGUAACCUGUCCAGCUCCAGUUCUGACAGCAGCAUCGUCCUAGACAAACUCAUCAAUGGAGAAGUUCUAGAUGACAGUUGCAUGAACUUUGACAAAGACAGUGGCAUUUCUGAAUCGGUGAACAGGAGUGGUGGCAACCUAUCGGAGGCUGGACUUGGGCAAGGGGAGGCAACUGGUGUCAACAGUAUGACAGACGGAGACACAGUGGUUGUUUCUCACAGUGUGAGUGAUUCGUCCAUAUCACAAUCUGGGACUGUCGUGAAUUUGACUGAUUCAAAAUUGCCCACGGACAAGUUGGAGGAUAGUUCUGGUAGUGAAGAAAAGUUAACUUUGAUAGAACUUCUAAAAGAGGAGUACGUCAAAUUGCAACAGGAAGGUUCACUUUCGGAUAGCGCCACUGAGGAAGUGUGUGCGAACAGACGUCAGAAUUCAUUAAAGAGCAAUGUCAAGUGCUCGAGUGAUACAAAUAUCUGUGAACGUCAGGAGAAGCUUUUGCAGCCAGAUGUCCCGCAGCAUUCAAAUGCCAUGGCCAUGUCCAUUUCGUCGUCCACACCUGAACUUUCACAGUACAACGACCAGGCGGACCACCCAAAGCUAGUCAACUUAGUGCCCAAUCAAACUAUUAGCUUUGUUACUAUGAAAGAAAAAUUAAAAAGUCAGCUACGGUUUCAAGGGCAGCUCUACAGUGAUUUUUCCUCACUGGCCUCGCAGAAUCCUUACUUCAUGGUGCCAAGUGGUGUUGAGGACGAACAGGAGGGCCUCCACUUAGUCAUUUGUGUUCAUGGCCUUGAUGGCAAUAGUGCUGAUCUGAGGUUGAUAAAAACUUAUUUGGAAAUGUCACUUCCUGGUUACAAACUGGAAUUCCUGAUGUCAGAAAGGAACCAGGACACAUUCUCAGAUUUUGACACAAUGACGGAUCGACUGGUAAAGGAAGUUCUGUCCUAUAUUGAGAUGUUUUCCCUGCAGCCAAGCCGAAUCAGCUUUGUGGGCCAUUCCCUAGGAAACAUCAUCAUACGUUCAGCCCUAUCGCGUCCAGAGUUGGCUCCCUUUAUCAGCAAACUCUACACAUUCUUGUCCCUGUCUGGACCUCACCUAGGUACUCUGUACAACAACAGUGGCCUGGUCAACAUGGGGAUGUGGUUUAUGCAGAAGUGGAAGAAGUCGGGUUCCCUGCUUCAGUUAUCUCUCAAGGAUCACGCUGACCCUAGACAGACGUUUCUUUACAAACUCAGUAUGAAGCCAGGUUUGGAGCUGUUCAGGUACGUUCUUUUGGUGGGAUCUGCACAAGAUCGUUAUGUUCCAUUCCAUUCCUCACGGAUUGAGGUGUGUCGGCCAGCUCAGAGGGAUAACUCAACGUUUGGUGCUGUCUACUGUGAAAUGGUGGAGAACAUCAUGCGACCCAUCAUCCACAACUCUGGAACCACCCUCAUCCGCUAUGACGUAUUCCAUGCGCUGCCCAGCACAGCCAAUACCAUCAUUGGCAGAGCUGCUCAUAUUGCUGUCUUAGACUCGGAGCUCUUCAUAGAAAAAUUCCUCAUGGUGGCCGGCUUGAAAUACUUCCGAUGACAUCGUGUGAUCUGUCUGGAAAUAACGGUCAUUCAUUGUGAUCUUCUGGUAGAAAUUCAAAUCAGCCAUAUGUACAGUUGAUUUCCACAGUGUCUGAAACGUGGGACCUGUGGUUAUCUCAUUCUCUGUACCUUAAAUCUUGCCUCAGUGGAGAGUUUGACCCCAAAUAUCCAAAGAAAUCGAUUAAAGUUUAUUAUUAUAUGGCAUUUUGAAUUUUUUUUUUUUUUUUUUUUCUGGUGUCCAUGUCAACAACAGUGGCUUCAAGACACAUUAUGGUUAAGUAUUGAGUAUUGUGGCAAAAUAGUAAAAGGUAUUAGUAUGAAGUCUUGGUAGAUGAUGGUAUUGAUUUCAUUUGAUAUCUUAGAAGCACGGUUAUCAGUAUUCCUACCUGGCUUUGAAUACCCCGGCCUUUGUUUUCACUUUAUAAUACAAGUCUUUUUUCUGUUUGUCAGUUUGUGGCAUAUACCGAAUUUGUUAGUAUUCUAAGAGGAAUAAAAUCUCUAACAUUUUCAACACAUAAAUGGAUCAUGUGAAUACACCAGAUAAAGGCAGGAUAUUUGGAUGAACAACAAGUAAUACAACUUCAGUUAAGUCUAGUAACUUAGUAAUGGAUGUAGCCAUCAUUGAAUGGUUUAGACACCAAGUUGAAGGUAGGAUGCAGCUGCUUCAUGUGUUUGUCUGUGUUUUAAACUCAUACAAGCUGAAUGCCCGGUUUAGAUUGGGUUAAAAUGAGAGGAAUACUCGAGCAUAAUUUGUCUAGAUUGCUCAAUUAUAAUCCAGCCAGAUUUUGUUAAGCUUCCCUCACCAGUGAAUACGUUGUUGUUCUUCAUUCUUCCUGGCCAAGUGGUAUAGGUGGUUGACUUGUAUAAUUGAUGAUUUUGUACUAAACUGAGGCAGCAGGGUCAGAAACACAGUUUUUGUCCAAUUUUUUCCCCUUUUUUGUUGCCUCUAGACUAGUAAACUUUAGCACCAAUCAGAAUCGUUUCUUCAAAACACAAAUGCGCGAGCUCACCUCCUAAAAUCUAGGAGAGAAAAUUUGAUUGGAUGAGUUGGAUGAUUGGUGUAUUUCAGAUAUUAUUGAUCCUGAAGAGAGGGAGCAAGUUUUUUCUUCCCUCAGUAAGGUUAAGGUUACCAAUCUGAUUUGUAUUGUUUGAUAAAGGCAUACACGGCAUAUGCUUUGUUGAAGACAAAUCAUGAAGGGAGACCAGGAUAUUAUUUUUGGAGGUGUUUUUGGGUGUUCUCAACAUGUAGGAUGAUUAUGCAAGUGUUAAAUAUGAGAUAAAGUAGAAAAGCAUAUUUAAACUAAAACUUUCCAUAUGUUAUAAAUGCAACAAAAUGAAAGAGAAAAAAAAAGAAAAAAAAGAAAAUAGAUGAUAGUUUUCACUAAAACUGAAAAUAGUAAAAGUAAACCUGGAAGUUUUGUCAAAGUAUGUAUACUGGCAUUACCGGAAAUAUUGAAAUAAAAAAUAAAUGUUUUUCUUGAAUACACACUACAUUAUUUUGUAAGGCAUUUCAGUAGAUUUCCUAUAAAUACUUUAUUUUCUCCUGUUUUGUGUUUGUAGCAAGUCAGUGUACUAUGUACUUUAUAAAGUGUAAGUAUUGUAAGGCUUCACCUUCGGUAUAAGUUUAAUUUCUUUUGAAAAUUAAACAUUUUUCCUAAGUUUUGUACAAUUUUGUUAAUUUACCAAUGUUCACGUUUUAAUCACUAGUUUUUGUAUUUUUACUUGUAUGUGAGGUAUUAAUAUUUUGUUUUUUUAGUUUCUCUGUAUAGCAUGAAAUACGUAAAAAAAUUGUAAUUCCAAAAACUGAACUUACUUAGAAAUGUUUGUCAUCAAGAAAGCUGAAAGUGAAAUUUAUGGCUUGUUUUCAUGGUUUAUUCUAAUUGCUUUUUUAAAAUAAGAUAAAUGUAAGUUUGUGGAUUCCUAAUUCCCUGUCUUAGAACAUCAAAAUGUAAUUUGAUUAAUAAUAUUAUUUUCACUUCUCACAACACACUAAAAAAUGCAUGAAAAAUAUAGUCUAUUGUGGAUAAAUCAGUUACUGGUUCUUGCAUUAUGUUAUUAUAAUGUUCUGAAAAAAAGCAUAAACUAACAAAAAAGAAUGAUUGAAAGCACUAUUUAUUAUGAGGAAGUUAAAGGCCAUUUUUCCUCCCCUUACUAUGACAUCAAUGGGUUGUAUUACAAAGUUAUCAUAUGUUCAGGACCAGUGUGGUUGUCCCAUCAGAAAUUUGCCAUAGGUUAGCACAUGUAUGAAAACAUAUAGCAUAUGACUUUUAGUGGUUGUGCUUUCCUUCAAGUGUUUUUAAACAAGAAAUCCUAAUUUUAUUUAUUCACAGGAUAUAUGGAGUAUUCUUAUUAUGUUAUGUAUGAUUUGCUGUGAGUGAUUUUGAUUUUAUAUUUGAUAUUGUGUUAUGUUCAUGCCAUUUCACUCUGCAGUAUUAAUUUAUGCGAUAUUGUAUUUCAGCUAGUAGAACACUGAAAACUAUUUCCACUUCAGUGUAAAUAAAUAGAGGUAAAUGUUAACCAGGUAUGGGGUUGAGAUAAAUGACCAAAUGCAAUUCGGAUUAGUGAUGAAGCUUUCAUCACUAAAUGCUGAAUGUCUUUGUGCCUUGAUUAUCAGUAUGAGUUGUUAGACAGUCUUAUGUCUGUUGUAAACUUGAUCCUAGCUGUCUGAAGUCUUUUGAUGUCCAGACUGACUUAUCUGUAACUGGAUCUGUAGUAACGGCUUCUCCCAGCCCUCAAAAGUGCACUGAAAAAGGUUUUCUUAAAAUGUUGUACCAAUUGAGAAGCCUUAUUUUUUUCACCUUACUUUGAACAGAAGAAGAGAAAUCACAGAGGAGCAUGUAAUCAGUUACAAGGCAUUUGGUUAGCUUUUUUGGAAGUGAACAAUUUCCUAAUGAGAGUUAAAAUAGCAAGACUUUGAAAUUUUGUUCAUACUAAGAAAAUAUCAGGAAGUCAUUAUUUUGUCAAUCCAGCAAGAAUUAUUUUCUUUAAUUCUUUUACAAAAUUUCUUCCUUUCUAGGGAGGCCAAAUUUCUUUCAAGUUUUAAAACUAUAUCUCAAGCGUAUGAUAUUUAGUACUAUGCAAAGGAAGCUCCAGAUUGUCCUUGAUCUGUAUAAGGGAAUAUGGUGGUUUUCUCUAUUAAGAAAAACAUGUUUACUUUAAAACCCCUUUUUGAUUGGAGGGAUAGUGAGAGAAAGAAUCAAUUUUAACUAAAAUAUUCCUACGCAAACAAGAAUUGGAUUGCAGAAAUAGUAGGUGUGCUGUGAAUAGAGUUUACUUCAGAUGACUAGUCAGUUUGGGUAAGAGCUGAAUCAUGACUGAGAUUGAAUCAAGACCCAGUUAAACUGUUAAAGCUCCUUGGGGACUUCAAACUUAUGGUAAGGAGAAAAGGCAAGGCAACAUGAAUACAAAGCUGACAGCAUCAUUGUGUCCUUAUAUGAGAUGACAGAUAUUGUAAGGCAAGAAAAUAAUGAUAAGACAAACUGCUUCUGUGUGAAAGUAGACCCUAAUGUUGUUUUGAGUAGUAUUCCUUUGACUUUACCAAUGUUGAGUUUAUUUAACUGUCUGCCAUCCUUGGCUUAAGGAUACCAUACUAUAUGUAAAUGUAUGUAAUACCUUCAGUGGAUUUAUCUGUAGUGUGAAAUUUGAUGAAGCCUGUCAAACUAUAUGUUACAGAGUUGUGCCCCUUUCAUAAAGUACUUCCCAAUUUAUUCUCUGGAGCUCUUGUGACGAUAAACAGAGACGGUGUACUUUGGUAGAUUUUGGUUAGCAACAUUUUUUUUUUAUUUAUAUAAAUUUUUUGAAGCUUGCUACAUAUAAAUGAAAUUGUAUGAAUGAACAGUUUAUUAAAUGACAGUGUGCAGUUCUGUUAGCAGUGUGCUGAUCAAUGUCUUUGUUACAAUGGUAGCAUAUACAACUGUAUUUAACCUAGAAUUUCACCCAUGGCUGAAGUUGCAUAUUUUUCCUGAAUCUGAGAAUUCUGUUGAUAGUAAUAUGUUAUGCUGUUAAUAUGUCUCUAUAAAUACACUUCAUUGGAUGAAUUUUUAUGGCAAAUACAUUUAAGGUGCAAUUCUGUGACAAAAUGAGUAUUACUUGGUCUGAAGUAGACCAAUUAUGAGUUGACUUGCUCUGUCGUCAUCUAUGUUGUGUGUUUUGAGUGGGCAAUAGGUUGUUACUUUUAUGCAUGUUACUGCAUUUAUGCAGUUAAGUUGCAAGUUAUUUGGAGAAUAAACAUACUGUCAAGAUACAUAUAGAAAUAGAUAAAAAAAUUAGAGUUGAAUCAACACAGUUCAGUUUUGCAAAAUGUUGCCUGCUGUUUCAUAGAAAGACUCUAUUCUGUAUUCAGUAUUUUGACCUAUAAGCAUGUUAUGUAUUUUAACCUUGGGAGCAAACCUGUCCCUUCGUGUGCGAGAACACUAAUAUUACAUCUAUUAAGAAGGUUCAAUUCUAGUCAUGUUCAUACGUGUCACAAGUUUGACAAGCAUUUAUAAAUACAUCCUAAUAAGAUACUUAAUAGUGUAUGUAGCAUAAUUGGGUGUGAUAAUAUUGAUAUUUUAGACCUAAAAAUCAUGCUGGGCAGCUUGAGGGGUUUUUUUUAAGUACUUACAAGCCAAAUGUUUUGUCAAGAGAGAUAUGGAGGUGUGAUUUUGUCAUGGUGAGUCACUUAGUUAUUCAUUCUGGGCAGAAGUAUUUAAUCAGAAUGUGUUGUUUUGUUUUUUUUUGUAGACUCUCAGUGAUUCGCUUGCAAGCAUUCAUAACUGCUACAAUGACAUAAUGUUUGAGUGUUAAGGUUAACCUAGUUAAAAGCAUUUGAAAUAUUGGUUAUUCUGGUAGUCUGUUUGACCAUAAUAGGGUCCAGUGACAGGACUCAUCUUUUAGAAAAUUGGUAUGACGGGCCUUCACUUGUGAAUCCAUGCCUAUCCACGUACAAGUAUUUAAAAUGUAAAACCUCAGAGUAGGGCUACAUGUAUAAUUGCAAUGGCAGACAUCAUAUGACCUUUAUAUUAUGGUCACAAGAGGUUAUUAGAGAAUCCAAUAUUAUCAUCAUUAUCUUUUAAGUUUGCCAGAAGCUUAGUGACGAACUGGUUACAACACAUGUGUUAUAACGUGGGAUGGGAGCAGAGAUCUGGUGAAAAUAACUAGCUGUCUCUGUUAUCUGUGGAACAGCCUAUACCCAUAUUUAUCUCUAUGCUUAGACCGAUUCACUGACUACAGACAGAUCCAGAUUUAUUGCCCAUGGACCAGGUCCACAAACUAGUUUUACUUCAGUCAAAGUUUUUAAUGUGAUGUAUACGCAUAAUUUUAGACCCUAUCAAGGGUUAAAUGUGGAAAAACCUGAGAAAUGUUGUAUUUAGACAAAUCUAUCCCAAUUUGAACUUCAGUAUCAUGCAAGAAGUUUUAAAUUUAGUAAAAAAAUUGCUCUGUGGAACUGAACCCAGAUACUGUUGUCAUCACAUUAUUGUGCAUUGAUGCGAGUUUUGUUUGUGGAGACAAACUCCUGUCACAUUGACGUCUCAAGUGAGGUUCCUAAAUGUUGAAAUAAAACACAAAACAGGUUAGGUUUUACAAUUUCACUGUAUAUGUGAAAUUAGAAUAUUAAGCAAUUCAUGUUGCAAUAUUUGCGGGCUGGAACUAACAGGGUUUUCAUUUAAAGUUGGAGGAGAAGGUAAGAGUUCAAAAGUAGGUGGUUGAAUUGAAAACGGUUAUGUCACAGUUACUAUUGAUUUACAUUGUAAGAACAUUCAAAGUAGACAACUUAACAGGGAGAGCAGAACACAGCUAUCUGCAGCCUGCUACUUGCCCGUUUUGAACACCAUGGACUAAUCCUAAUGGAUUGUCACAGCUUUAAUAUCCUACAUUUGAUGUGAGCUCCCUGAACAAAUCACAGUGACAAUGUCAGUUAUAUACUGUCAGGACUGUAGUUCAAUUGGCCUCAAUUUCACUCAAGUCUGAUGUACUGUCAAGACUGUAGUUCACAUUGGCCUCAAUUUCAGUCAAGUCUGAUGUACUGUCAAGACUGUAGUUCAGUUUCACUCAAGUCUAAUGUACUUUCAGGACUGUAGUUCAAUUGGCCUCAAUUUCACUUAAGUCUCAUGUACUGUCAAGACUGUAGUUCAGUUUCACUCAAGUCUAAUGUACUGUCAGGACUGUACUUCACAUUGGCCUCAAUUUCAGUCAAAUCUGAUGUACUGUCAAGACUAGUUCAGUUUCACUCAAGUCUAAUGUACUUUCAGGACUGUAGUUCACAUUGGCCACAAUUUCACUCAAGUUCUCAUGUACUGUCAGGACUGUUGUUCACAUUGCCCUCAAUUUCUCAAGUCACAUCUAAUAUGCACCCCCACUAUUUAUGGUAAAUGACCUAAAAUUUGCCCAGAAGUUGCACAUUUUACCCGAUUCUCGGAGUCUUAUUGAUCUUAGGGUUACUUGAAAAAUAUAUGUUUCAGCUGUGAAGUAAUGUUUUGUGACAUUAUUUACCUCCAAAAAUGCACUUUUUUGGGUAAGUUUUAGGACAUUUACUCUGCAUGUACGUGUCACAAGUAUGAGAUCUGAAGGAACACCUAGGCUAGCCUCAGCCUGUCUGACAACACUUCUUUAGUUGGACAUUCCAGUUGAAUUCUGAUAAGGCAUUAAUGCAUAAUCCAACCUUUUCACAUUAGCAAGAUGCUUAUUCAAGCCUGUUGUGAGGGCAUUGUGCACUCUGAUAACAUUACCCUUCUUGUGAAGCCCUGAAAUUGGCUGACCCAACCAGUGUAGUUUUGUUUCCAAAAUCAAAUUAAAAAGGUGCAUUCAUGUAAAUCACACUGAAAGUUGCUGGUACAACCAUGAAAAAGUUGAAGAAUUGAUGGUACUAAGAUUUUGAACCCCUCCAAACAUAGUAGAGUCAGGGGCUGGUUUGGAGGCAGGUAUUGCUUUGCAUCUGGUGAGAGACAAGUCAGUAGAAGGUAAUGAAGGCUACCAGAUCUGAGAUUAAUGAGAUGGACUUCAUGCAAAGCAAUAAUCGGUCAUGUUCAUGUUUUAUGUGCCCAUUUGUAAACUAUGGGAUAAAGAACACACAAAGUUUUUGCCAAAUGCAUUACUGCAAGAUGUAUAAUAACUUCUUCUGCUUGGCAUAACUAUACAUACAUAUAUGAUAUAUAUAUAUUUUAUAUGAAUGUUUAUACUUGCCUGUGCGUACACUUUUGUGUUGACUAGUAAGCUGUGUAUAUCUAUAAAGGAAAAAAUAGCAAAGCUACAUGUACAUUCGCCUAUCUCUGUGUGAAAAAUGACAUACUGUUGUAAACCCAAGCCAGGUCUGACACGUGGAUGUUAUUUACGUGUACUUAUACAUUCAAAUCAUGUUUGCCAAUAUUGUCCGUCUCAUGCAUAUUCAUGAUGUAAUUCUUGUACAGUUUUGUACUCCCU